CAGAGCGCUCCAUCAGCCUGGUAAGCCGAUACCUAUCUGCCACGUUCAUUCCUUCUCGGCGGAUCCACUGCUCUGCUUCGGACAUGAAGAACAAACAUAACCAACAGGUGAAGACAUCGGCUUCCAACCGAUUCGACAUGUCCAGCUUUGAGGUGUCACUCCAGCAACUCAACGAUCUGUUGACGGACGAAAGCGGCUUCUACAGCUGGCCAACAAAACACUUCCACGAGGUCUACCCGAGGAUAUACGUCGGCAAUGCAUUUGUGGCGACAAAUGUGAUGCGCCUGAAGCGCCUGGGCAUCACCCACAUCCUGAACGCUGCAGAGGGGAACUCCUUCAUGCACGUCAACACCAGUGCUGAGUUUUAUGCUGGCACAGGCAUCAUCUACCACGGCAUACCGGCCAGCGACACAGACCACUUUGAUAUCAGCGUUUACUUUGAAGAGGCGGCCGAUUUUAUCGAGAAGGCUCUGGCAUACAAAAACAAAAAAGGUAAAGUGUACGUCCAUUGCAGGGAGGGCUACAGCCGCUCGCCUACCUUAGUUAUCGCCUACCUGAUGCUGCAACAGAACAUGGACGUCCACACUGCUCUGGCCAUGAUCCGACAGAAAAGAGAGAUCGGACCCAACGACGGCUUCCUUCGGCAGCUCUGUCGGCUAAACCAGAGGCUGUCCGCUGAGGGGAAGCUCUGGAACAAAUGAGGCAGGCAGGAAAGCAUGCUUAUGCUUAAUCGCACACCCGUCCUUUUACUUGUUCUACAGCCUGAACGAGCCACAAAUAUGUGAGGGAGUGCCUGCUAAACAUGGAA